AGCCAAGCAGUAAUCUAUUUUUUUUUAUAAACAAGGAAAGAGUGAAAUUUUCAGUAUGCCUGUCGCAGUACGUCCUCUACCCCCAGAGUUAGUGGAGAAAGCCAAAGUAGAACUGUUCGAAGACCCGAAAAAACUUGAAGACAGCAUACAGCAUCUAAAAGAAUGGAUCGCUAAACAACCGCAUUUGAAAGCUAGAACAGAGGACCAAUGGUUGGCUGCCUUUCUGCGAGGAACCAAAUUCAGCUUGGAACGAGCGAAAGAGAAAAUUGAUCUUUAUUAUUCGCUAAAAACACUUGUACCGGAAUUACAGACGAUCAACCAUAGACAUCCUAAGUUCAUGGAAAUCGUUAAGACGGGCGUAAAUUUGUUUUUGCCAAAGUCAAACAAUUUGACGGAUCCAAGAGUAGUGAUAUUCAGAGUUGCGGCCCAUACUCCUGGUCAGUUUACCAUGCCUGAAAUUAUGAGUGUUGGAAACACUUUGCAAAAGAUAAUGUACAUGGAAGACGAUAUUUUCACAGUGAACGGUAUUGUAAAUGUAAUGGAUAUGAAGGGAGCAACAAUGUCUCACUUCAGUCAAAUGACGCCUUUACUGAUGAAGAAAAUGGUUGUUGCUGGUCAGGAUGCAGCGCCUAUGAGGAUGAAAGCAGUCCAUUAUUUUCAUAUGCCUCCAUCAAUCGAGACCAUUUUCAACCUUGUAAAAACGUUCCUUAAUGAAAAAAAUCGGAGUCGAAUCCUUGUUCAUGGGAAAGAUUUCGAGCCACUGUAUAAAUAUGUGUCUAAAGAUAUCCUGCCUUUGGAAUACGGAGGAAAUGGAGGCACUAUACAAGAAAUAACUGAUUACUGGGUAAAGAAAAUAGAAGAAUACAGCGAAUGGCUGGAUGAAGAAGAAAAAUACGGCACAGACGAAUCUAAGAGGCCAGGAAAGCCAAAGACAAGUGAAGAAAUGUUUGGCGUUGAAGGAUCAUUCCGACAACUCGAAGUGGAUUAGCUCAUAACUUAGACUAUGGAAACCAAAGGACAUGUUAUAUUGACAUAUAUAAAUCAGACGUUAUAUGUAUAUGAUGCAUUUAGACGGUGAAAACAUAAACAUUUUAUUGUCUUCGUUUAACUACUGCGUGACGUCGUAAGCUAAAGGAGACAGAUAGCACUACAUUGAUUUAUGUCAAACACGGGAAUCGAAAAUACGUACCGUCUAAUGUACCGUUAAAUGCCAACUGUCC